GACGCCCGUGGGUCUGAGAACAGUGGCGUGUCAGGUUACAGGCGUGGCGCAGUUUGAUUCUGAUCGUUUCGUAAUUCAUCAUCGCUAAGCAGGAAGUGCAGCCAUGGCGCAGGGACUGAGAGAAAGAUUUGAAAAUUUUCUCCAUGAAAAGAAUCUGAUGACAGAUGUCCUGGCAAAGGUGGAAACAAAAAUCGGAGUAAGCAGGACCUACAUUGCUCUCGCUGUCAUCGGUGUAAUCGCAGUUUACUUGGUCAUUGGAUACGGAGCCUCCCUGCUAUGUAACCUCAUCGGGUUUCUGUAUCCAGCCUACAUAUCGAUUAAAGCCAUUGAAAGUCCCAACAAAGAUGAUGAUACUAAGUGGCUGACCUACUGGGUGGUGUAUGGAGUCUUCAGUGUGGCAGAGUUUUUUGCUGACAUCUUCCUUUCCUGGUUCCCAUUCUACUAUAUUGGAAAGUGUGCCUUCUUGGUGUGGUGUAUGGCUCCAACUCCUUCUAAUGGAUCGGUUCAGAUAUAUAACCGCAUCAUUCGACCAUUCUUCAUCAAGAACGAGGCCAAGAUCGAUGAUGUAGUGAAGAACAUCAAGGACAAGGCGUCAGAAGCUGCAGACAAGUUCAAGGAUGAGGCUAAGAAAGCCACAGCAAACCUCAUAUUUGAGGAGAAGAAGAGCUCCUAAGAAUGAAGUCUGUCCACAGUGCCAGCUCUGUAGCUGACUCACUGAAGAAAUUUUGCCUUGAAAAUGUCAGUUUUUACAGCACCCAUUCAGAACACAACUGUAAGCUUCCUGCCUGUGAUAUUAAAUGUAAAACUGUAGCAGUCAAAGCCGCUCCAUGUUUUGUUUUGUUUUUCUGGAAGGCUCUCAGUUUAACUGUAUGGUAGUCCUGGUAUGCUUCUUGAACCAAAUAAAAACUACUUUACUAAAACCAUUUCCUAAUGUUAAUGAUCGUACAACAGAUUUGAUGGAGAUUAUUCAGUUUGCUGUUGAGGAGUUGAUAUGACUCAGGUCUUACUGAUAACUCAUGUACUUUGCUGUUCUUUUGUUUUUCCUUUAUCGCUGCCUAAGUAAUAUUUGGUGCCAGUUUGAUCAGCUCACUGAAAAGAUGUUAAGUUAACUAGUAAGAGACUUCAAAUGGAACAAAUUGUGUGUUCUAUAUCCCCUUAAUGAAAUGUUUUGAAAAAAAAAAAAGAAGGUUAAAACUAUUCACUUUGGGUCUGUCCUAAUAUAUAGUGUAAAUCCAGCUGGGAUGUGAGGAGGUUGAACAGGUCACCUAAUAAUUGGAAGGUUGUUGGUUUGAUCCCUGUCUGCUCCAGCCUGUAUGCCAAAUAUCCUUGGGCAAGAUAGUAACCCCAGGUUGCUUUAUACUCUGAUAAAGAGCACUUAUGUAGGAAACGCAUAGAGGGAAAAAAGUGCUUGUAUAAAUGGGGGUGAAUGAGGACAGGUUCUGUAAGUGCUUUAAGGUCUCAGUUAGACUAGAAAAGUGCUAUAUAAGAACCAGUUCAUUUACUAGUGUGUUUUUAGCUGUCCCUGUACAGGGAUGUAAAAAUACAACAAUGAUAAUUUUUUAAUAUACAAUACUCACAAAAGGAACAGAUUUUAAUCUGUGCUCAUCACAAGUACAGAAACAGCUUUAGUGAAGGUUACAAAUGAUUUUGUUACGGCGUUCGAUACUGUUGACCAAAAUAUCCUAUUAGAGUGAGUGCUGCAGGUAUUGCAGGUACUACGCUGCAGUGGUUUCAGAUCUAUCUAAUAGACUCCAAUUUCUUCAUGUAAAUGGAGAGUCCUCUUCAUACACUAAGGUUAAUUAUGGAGUUCCACGUGGUUCAGUGCUAGGACCAAUUCUGUUUACAUUAUACAUGCUUGCCUUAGGCAGUAUCAUCAGAAGGCAUUGCGUACAUUUUCACUCCUAUGCAGAUGACACACAGCUUUAUCUAUCCAUGAAGCCAGAGAACACACACCAAUUAGUUAAACUGCAGGAAUGUUUUAAAGACUUAAAGACCUGGAUGACCUCUAAAUUUUCUGCUUCUAAAUUUAGAUAAAACAGAGGUUAUUGUACUCGGCCCUGAAAAUCUUAGAAAUAUGGUAUCUAACCGGAUUCUUACUCUGGAUGGCAUUACCUUGGCCUCCAGUAACACUGUGAGGAACCUUGGAGUCAUUUUUGACCAGGAUAUGUCCUUCAGUGCACAUAUUAAACAAAUAUUUACGACUACUUUUUCCAUUUGUUCCAUAUCCACGCUGAGAAACUAGUUCUCAUUGUAUCUUAAUGACCUUAUAGUACCAUAUCACCACAUUAGAGCACUUCACUCUCACACUGCAGGUUUACUUGUUGUUCCUAGAGUAUUUAAAAGUAGAAUGGGAGGCAGAGCCUUCAGUUUUCAGGCCCCUCUUCAGUGGAACCAGCUUCCAGUUUGGAUUCGGGAAACAGACACUAUCUCUGCUUUUAAGAUUAGGCUUAAAACUUUCCUUUGUGUUAAAGCAUAUAGUUAGAGCUGGAUCAGGUUACCCUGAAUCCUCCCUUAGUUAUGCUGCAAUAGGUUCUUUGCUCUGCUGGGGGAUUCCCAUGAUACAUUUAGUAUUUCUUCUUCAUUCACCCUUCUCACUCAAAAUGUGUUAAUAGACUCCUCUGCAUUGAAUCAUACUUGUUAUUAAUCUCUGGCUCUCUUGAAAAGCAUGUCUUUUAUCCCAUCUUCCUUCUCUCACCCCAACCGGUCGCAGCAGAUGGCCGCCCCUCCCUGAGCCAGGUUCUGCUGGAAGUUUCUUCCUGUUAAAAGGGAGUUUUCCCUUCCCACUGUCGCUGAAGUGCUUGCUCAUAGAGGGGUCUUAUGAUUGUUGUUUUUUCUCUCUGUAUGUAUUAUUGUAAGGUCUACCUUACAAUAUAAAGCACCUCAAGGUGACUGCUUUUGUGAUUUGGCGCUGUAUAAAUAAAACUGAAUUGCAUUAA